CGUCGGAGCAAAUGUCGCGGAGCAAAUGUCGCGGAGCAAUUGUCGCUUUUUGCGGAACAUUAAUUGUCAUCGGAGUAAUCGUCGCCGGAGUAUGUAUCGGGUUACCGUGGUGGUCGUGUGGUGAGUGCGAAUGUGCGGCCCAUUUCGACAUGGAAGUUAAAACAGCAAGCUUCAGCAUUGCAACGCAAUGGGAUGGAAGACCGGUGAAUCAUUCCACACCAGUCAGGCUUUCCAUGUCAAAGUCUACAGAUGGCACAGGAAUUAAUCUGGAAGUUGUGGCACCAUUCUACAAUGACCCUGCACCUUCAGGUCCUGCUGGUAGUCCUCAAUCUGGGCUCUGGGAUUACGAAGUCGUGGAAGCAUUCUUCCUGGGAUCAGAUGAAAGAUAUUUGGAGGUGGAACUUUGCCCGUAUGGUCAGCACCUGGUAUUGCGUCUCAAUGGAGUGAGGAAUAUCAUUGAGGAAGGGCUUCCCCUGGAGUUCUUGGCUAGCAUCCAGGAGGACCGGUCUUCAUGGAAGGGGUCAGCCAUCGUACCUCUGGAGUACCUGCCUCCCGGUCUAAGAGGCUUCAAUGCGUAUGCAAUCCACGGGACGGGGGAGCAGAGGGAGUACCAGGCUCUGUACCCGGCCGAGAGGGGCAAGCAUGAUCAACCGGACUUCCACAGACUAGAAUACUUCAAGGAGAUAGCAUGGGAUGGCAUCGUUGAUGUAUCGAGUCUACCAGUAGCAACAUCCGUUUGGAAAUGAGAGAAGUUGACAUAUCCUUGAAUUUUCAUCCAUCAACUUUGAUAAGAUGGAACUAGUUACCCAGUUACACUGUCAACACUCUCAGCACCAUUUACUACACCUGGGUGGAGAGUGGCCAAUCAGUGAAAAAUACCCAUGACUUCA